UUCUUCUCUCGCAAACGUUUGGAGAACGGAAGGUAGUAAUCAAUUUGUGAUCCAAAUCUAAAGUAUUUUUAAGCUCGGAAGAGAAGGAAUGGCUGUAAGUAGAAGAGAGUUAGAGGAACUGAAGCCUUGGGUGGAAGAAACUGUGGAGCGACGGCUUGGGUUUAAUGAGAAAAGUGUUGUUAACGCUGCCUUGUACUGCGUGAAGAAUAACUUGGAUAGAGUUUCAUCGCAAGAGAAGCUCUCGUCGCUUUUAGACGAUUUAGCUCCUCAGUUUGUCACAGACUUAUUUGAUAAAGUAUAUCAGCUUAAAAACAGCAAGAAUUCUACCUCUGGAAAAAGUUCUCAAGCAAAAAAGAGGACGCUAGAAGAUGUGUUUGGAGAUGACCCAGGAGAUGAUCGUAAUGAAUCUGCCGAUCUUAAGAGUAAGCGAAAACAAAGUCGGUUCGACGCUUUAAAAGAAGAUAACGUACCUCUACCCCCAGCCAUUCCUGAAACAGUAGAGAGGCCUACUCCGCUUAGUAGCAGCCAAAUUAGUGAAAUGGUGGCAAGUAUGAAAAAACAAAUUGAAGAGCGAAAGAAGCAGCUGACGGUUAUGAGACCAGUCCAGCCAGCUGCUAUUUCUACAGUUCCAGCUUCCUUCCCACCUCCAGUCCCUGGACAGGUAAAUAUACUCGAAACAUUAAAAUUAGCAAUUUAACUGAUAACACAAAUGUAUAAUUUGUCAAUGGAUCAGUUCUAGAGUACAGCAUAGUAAAAGUAAAGCCUUUAUAUGGGCCCGAGUGGCCCAUGGGGCCGGUGCUUAACUCUGGUUUUCUUCGCAUGAAGUGGCUAGGAGUAUUGCUACUCCCCCCUGGAUAGGAUGCUAGUCCAUUGCAGGGUUACCCCCAGCACAUUUGCUGGUGCCUGUUUGUACACCUGGGUGAAGAGAAGCACUGUGAGAGUAAAGUGUCUUGCCUAAGAACACAACACGAUGACCCCAGCCAGGGCUUGAACCUGGACCGCCUGAUCUGGAGUUGAGCGCACUAACCAUGAGGCCACCGUGCCUCCUACAUACCUAGGAUACCUAGGUAUAUUUCUGAACAUGUGAAAUUACUUCUAUAUUAAUUGUAAGGAAACAUCAAACUCACUAUUUCUCCUUGAUUGAACAGAAUAUUCCUAGCAUGCAACAACAACAAGAAUUGAUGAGUGAAGCAAUAGAAAAAGCUAAAAGAGCUGCAGAACUCCAGGCUAAGAUUCAGGCACAGCUGUCAAACAAACCCAACUUGGUAAGUUAAUAAGUAAGCUGCAUAGAUUUAUUUGUUAUUGGUACUGCCAAAAAAUUAAACCCAAGAUAAACAAACUUACAAGUACUUUCCAAACUUUCAUCUUGCUCAUAGGUUAAGAUUAUUUCAGUUAACUUUUGAACAAUAGAGAUAGUUGAAACUGAGUAAAAAAAAAACAAAAUGCAUGAUUUUUCACACAGAACCAAAUGCAUUCAGGAAUAACAUGCAUUCUGAAUUUAACAUACUGCAAAUUUCACUUAUGCUUUUGGCUUGUGCAUUUUUGUAGUCUUAAAAAAAUUGAAUUGCUUAUUCUUGUUUAAUAGCACGCACAAUUAUUUCAUUAUCCACAUAUACAAUAUUUUUCUAGGCAAUAUGUUAUUUUCUGCACUAUGCAAUAGUACAUGUCAGCAUACUGUGUUGAGUUUCAGAUCUUUGUUAUUGUUUUCUUGCCAGCGAUUUUAAUUUCUGUACAAUCCUUUAGUUCUCCACUUCAGGUUUAACAAGUGCUGGGGCAAACUUGAUAAAGUCAGGUUUAAUUUCAGUGAGUGCUCUGAAGGAUGAAAGCACCCAUCCUAGGUCCUUGAUCUUGGAUGAAUCAGGUCGAACGGUUGAUGCAUCUGGAAGGGCCAUUCAGCUGACCAGCAGAAUGCCAACACUAAAGGCUAACAUUCGUGCUAAGAAAGCAGAACAAUUUAAGAUUGAAAAACCUCCUGAAGAUUUGAAUGAAAGCAAGUAUUUUGAUCCACGGGUUGGGUAAGGAAAUGCCUAUAUUUACUUAAUAACCUCCCCUCCUACCUUCCAUUUCAAGGCUAAAUCUAGUUAUUUUUUUGCUGUGCUGGUUGUGCUUGCUGUGUUGACUUAUGUAUUAGUUAAUUGAACCAUGAAGUAGCAAUUGUAUGGUAAUUAUAUCUUUUUGCUCAGCAUAACUCAGUAUGUAUUUAUUACUAAUACUCACCAAGAUUAGCCUAUGCUAUACAUGGGUUGUCUUAGUUGUUAAAUCUGUCUCGUAAUAAAGAAGUAAUAGUAGCAGUGGUAGUUCAGUUCUCAGUAGCAAAAGUACCGCAUGGCAGUUAAAAGCAAUUAAGUAAUAGGGAAAUUAAUUGUGUUUGUCACAGUAAACUGAAAUCGUUGAUUGAUUGAGUGAUAUCUGUUCAUCAGUUGUUAAUAUUAGUGAAUGUGGAUCAGGCUAAUGAUAAGAUUCUUUAAUCUUGAACCAGGAUCAAGGCAGCACAGCGGAACAAAAGGGGAUUUAAGUUUCAUGACAAAGGAAAGUUUCAACAACUAGCUCAGAGAAUAAGAGCUAAGGUACAGUGAAUAUUCAUUAUCUUCCUGCAUAGCAACAUGCUCUAUAUUUGUCACUUUGUCAGUCUUAGAAAACAAUAACUUGACAAAAUCAUGAUCAAUAAUUACCACUUUUGUAUGAAAAUAUGAAUAUUCUUUUUUAUUACAAUAUUCUGCAAUACUAGUUCAUUGAAUGUAUUUGUAAAUGUAUAUCCAUGUCUUUGGGGCUAUUAUUUGUACCACUUCAACAUUUGUGUCUGUGUCAGAAGUUGUUUAAUAUUUCCUUUCUUGUAUUUAUAAAGUAAACCAAUAGCCAGAUAAAUGAAUAAAGAGGGUAGGUUUCGAAAGAAACUAUGGUGCUGCGUCAUUGGGAGAGGUAAUUUAGUGUUAACAACUAAGUUGAAAAGGUAAAUUGGCCACCAUAAAGAGUUUAAAGGCUGACGUUUCGAGCAUUAGCCCUUUGUUAAUUGCUCUUAUGAAGGGCUAACACUCAAAAUGUCAGCCUUUAAACUUUUUAUGGUGACCAAUAUUCAGUCAUUAACACUAAAUUACCAACAGCCAGAUAUGCAUGUAGUUGUUGAAACAAAAUGCUUAAAAAUGUUACAUUUUUAUGCUCAUAGGCACAGCUUGAUAAACUUCAAAAGGAGAUUGCAGCAGCAGCUAAGAAGACAGGGAUUUCAUCAGCAACAAAACUAGCACUGAUCACACCAAGAGAAGCUCAUGAGGAUACUGUUCCAGAUGUUGAAUGGUGGGAUUCCAAUAUCUUACCAGGUGGAAAGUACAUCAGUUUAGAUGCUGUCAAUGUAGAAGAUGACAUUGCUGGAAUAACAACACUGGUUGAACAUCCAAUACAAAAACACCCUCCUGGUAGGCCAAAUGUUGGUUAUUAAUCAAAGCUUGUAAUGGGUUGAAAAACAUAUCCACCUCAAUACGUUCACUGAUUCUAUCUUGCAUUGAACAAAAUCAGUUGAAUCCAAAGAGCUGCAAAACCAGGAUGAUAUAAAGUGGCUGCAGAUAACAUUAAAAAAUUAUUUUUCCUCCAACAAUAUUACAAAGCUGAAGAUUGUUUGUUUGCCUCGUAUCUUUAUGAGGAAUGUGAUUGUUCAUUUUGAAGUAAUAUUGUUUGGUUCUCUGACUGGAUGAACAAUGUAUUUUCACAUUCAUUCACUUCCAAUCUUUGAAUUGAAAUGUGAAAAAAUCUUGGUAUGUAUUUAAAAAAAUAUAUUUAUACUAUGGAAAGUGUUUAAACAAUUUUUAUUUACUAGUUGCAAUGCAUCAAAAAACUUAUUUGUUCACUGUGCUCACAUGUUUUUUUUUAUGUAUUGCAAUUUGUGAAUAGAAAUUAUUCAUGUGCACUUUCCAUGGAAUAAUCUCCAUAUAAAGUACAUAAGAAAUAAUUAGUUCAAAGACCAGGUAAUUGUUUUGACAUAAAUUCUUCAUUUCUUCUUUCAAGCUGAACCCAAAGAAGCUCCAUCUGUACCCAUCAUGUUAACAAAGAAGGAAAGAAAGAAGAUUCGUACUCAGAGAAGACGGGAGAUUGAAAAAGAAAAACAGGAAAAAAUCAGGCUUGGCCUUGAACCACCACCACCUCCCAAAGGUUAGAUCUGUCACUUACUCAGUUUGUUAUGGAAACAAACUUUGGCUCCUAACAGAAUUAAAUUGACAAGUGUGUUUUUAUAUAAUUCCUUUGGAAAGGAUGUUCUAUUGAUUAAGAAAACAUUCUGGUUUUUUGUUUUCAAUUGGGGCACACUUGAUAUUGGAAAAAGCAAUGACAAUAUGGGGUGUCCAACCCUAUGGGUUGUCCUACCCCAUGGGAUUUCCUGUCCUAUGGGGUGUCCUACCCUGUGGGGUGUCCUGUCCUAUGGGGUGUCCUACCCAAUGGGGUGUCCUACCCUAUGGGGUUUCCUACCCAAUGGGAUUUCCUACCCUAUGGGGUGUCCUACCCUAUGGGGUGUCCUACCCUAUGGGGUGUCCUACCCUAUGGGGUGUCUUACCCUAUGGGAUGUCCUACCCUAUGGGGUAUUCCUGUCCAUUUAUUUAUUUACUUAACAAACACUGAAUUUUAAGGAAGAAACACCUCAGGAUCAUAAAGUGAAAUCUUAAGACUUAAUUUGUCAUGUCAUCUCAGGUGAAUGUGUGCCAUAACUUCCAUAUACUGCUUAACAGAUGUCCAUUACUGAGUACUUUUUCCUCUGCUUUUAGUUAAAAUUUCCAACCUGAUGAGAGUUUUGGGGAAUGAAGCAGUACAGGACCCCACUAAAGUUGAAGCUCAUGUUCGAGCACAGAUGGCCCAAAGACAGAAGUAAGCUUCAUUUGCCUGUGCUGGUUUAAUGCUCUGUGUAACUUAACCAUCUAAAUGCUAUUCCCAUCUACUUAAAAAGUGUUCUAGUGAGAUCUACAGUACAAGUAAAUGCACUGUAAAACACACAUAAAAUUACACAAUUGUUUCUCUUCAUGUUAGAGAGCAUUGAACACUUCAGUGAACAAUUCAGGUGUGUCGCCACAGUUUACCAGGAUAUGCCUUUCACUGCAUCUUAUAUAUUCAAAUUAUGUAACCAUGUGUAGACGUGCUUUAUAAAUGCCGCUCUCUAACAAAUUUUGACUUAGCAAACUUUUUUCAGGAGUGUGCUUUGUUGUUCUGAAAUGGAGAUACAAUGCCUGAUUUUCUUACCAAGUGGUUUGGAUUUUGAUGUCAUCUGAAAUGUCAUUGAGCGAUUCCUUAAACUUCUAUGAAGUUCACUUUGUUGGAUGUUAGACCUUUAAAUUAUUGCACCAGUUCACUGGUUCCAAAACAGUAAUCAUCUGCCUUGUUUCUUUAUUAACAGGGCUCACGAAGCUGCCAACGCUGCGAGAAAACUGACUCCCCAGGCACGACGUGAGAAAACAAUCCGUAAAUUGAAGGAAGACACAUCCCUUGGUGUUCAUGUGGCGUUGUUCAGAGUAACAGAACUUAAAAAUCCUCAGAGAAAGUACAAAGUGGAUAUUAAUGCUCAGCAGCUGUACUUAACUGGUAUGUAUCUGCACUUUGUAAGUAAUAGGUCGUCACGUACUUAGUGCACGUUGGGCCAUUCUAUUUAUGCACAGCUACAAUGCUCACCCUUUUAUGAUCAAAUAAAGGAGGUUAAUUGGAGACGCAGUAAAUCUAUUAAUUAGUGUGCAACAGUCUGUGUGGGACACAAAAGAAAACGAAAAACCCCAUAGCACGAACGACCCAACAAACGAAAAACGGAGAUUCCUCCACAACAUGGAAAGAAAAACCCCUCAAAACACAAAAACGAAGCACCUAAGAUGAAACUCCAAGAUUCCCCCAACCAAGUAGACGAAGAACCCAUGAACUAGAUAAAGAGGCCUUAAAAAGUCGUAAAACAAAGACCCAAAACGAGGAAAAGGAGAUUCACAAUAGUAGGCAUUUUAUACUUUUACCUGCAUUAGCAAGUUAUUUUCUGUUUUGAAGUGAUUAUGGUAAAAGGGAACAUUAAACUUCUUCGCGUUCUGAGGAAAAAAAUAGAUGAUAAAACCAACGAUUUUUUUCCACAAUCUCCGGAAAGAGAGCGGAAUCUUUUCUCCUAGUGAAGUAAUGAGACUUGCUUACACCUACGCAUUACGCUUUAUUCUCACUUCGUUUUGUUCGAGGGCUCGUAGCCCUGCCAGAGAGUAGCCGUAUUGCUGUUGUUUGAAUGUGACAUACUCUCAGAUUUAACGUGAAGCUGACUCGGCAAAGCCGGUUUCCUCUCCUUGAAACGUUUAAACUCGAAGAUGUGACUUCGGCUGACAAUGACAUGCAAAUACGCCAAGGCGGGAUACCCCACUUACACCAAAUAACCGGUGAAUGCACGAAGGGCGAUUAUGGUUUAUGGUGUACUUCAGCGCCUACCUGAGGCUUUCCACUUUCAUAAGGACAGACCAGUACAUUGAUUAGUGGUGCUUUAAGGACAGCUAUAAUUUUUUUUUUAGGGUUUCUUUUGAAGAAGAGAUACAUUUUGUCUGACCUAGUGUAAUGAUUUGUGCAACCUUUCUCCUUAAAUUUCUUGCAUGGAAGCACAGCCGUCACAUGGGCGAAAAUGGUUCUUAAAGAUACCUUGACACACUCAAACACAUAUUUAUCUCAAAAAUUUUCCGAUGAUGGUCUAGAUUAACCCAGUGGUUUGGUUUUAAAUCGUUACUCAAAGAUAUUCAGUGGGAAAGCCUGCGUUUAAGGCGGCUGGGUAAUGUCUGAUUCUCUUCUUUUUUUGUUUUUGUUGUUAUUGUUAUUUUUAUUGUUUUUUUUUUACCGAAGUUUUGCUCUAUCAACAGGGUGCGCUCUCCUGUACAAAGAUAUCAAUAUAGUCAUUGUGGAAGGAGGGCCAAAAGCUGUGAAAAAAUUCAAACGUCUAAUGUUGAGUCGAAUCAAGUGGGAAGACGAGAAAGAUUCUGAUGAUGAUGAUCACGCUGAAGAAGUAGCAAACAAAAAGACCGCUCCUUGUGUACUCGUGUGGGAGGUA